CAGGACUCUAGGAUCAGCCACCCAGCUAGAACAGUGGAGGGCAGCAGAGAACUAACCACCCAACCGGCUGCAGCCACCACAGAGGACCCCGCCUUCCAGCUCAGUGGCCCCAGAGGCAACAACAACUACAACACCGCUAUGGAGGUCAGUGGAUCUGACGCCGUCCUCCUCCAAUCAGAAACAGGGAAUGUGAACCAGGGACCCCAGCAACACACAGGAUUUGAACCCAGAUCAGAGAGACAGAGUCUGGACACUAAGUGUGACAUGAACAGGGACCUCAAUCUCCUAAGAGGUUCUUUAAACCAGGUGUGGAGAGAGGUAGUAGUGACUGAUGAUGGCGCCUCUGCUGCUCACACUAAAGUAAUGGACCUAGGGAAUGGCCCAGUGGGCCCAGAAACACAGAAUAGCUCAGACAUAGAAAUGAGAAGUGUAGGGUUAGAAAACCACAGGUUUUCCCCCAAGUCGUUCCAUUCUUCAUCAGAAAAUGUGAUAGUGAUUGACUCUGUAUCCAGUGGGCAGCAGGUAGAUAGAGAUUUAGAGUGGGGUCAGGUGGGUACAGCUACUAAACCACAGGACAAUGGGACUGGAAAUAGGCAGGGAGUGGGAGUGUUUGAGAGGAACGCACCAAUGAUUCGCCCCGUUCACCCGGAAUCGAUGAGAGACAACACUAUGCAAUUGGUUUCACCCGGAUUCCGGCCCUCAGAGAUAAAUACAGGCAUGCAUCUUGACACAGGAAAUGCAGGUGAGGCCAACAAAGCUAGUUGGUGUUCGUUGGCAAGCUUCCAUAGACACUCUGGAAUACCAGGAAGAGGAGCUCAACAAUCAGCUCAUGCCUCACUUCCUUUCUGCCAUUUUAGACCAAGCACCACAACUUCCUGUCACUCGAAUAAUCUUGCCACAGACAUUACACCUGGCACCAUAGAACGACCGUAUGGUUGCCCAACAUGCCAUAAGAAGUUUGUCCACGAGAGUGACUUGCGGCGGCAUGUGGCCAUCCACACCAGAAAGCGAUCAUUCUCCUGCACCUUGUGUGAGAAGAGCUUUGUGUGCGCCAGCCAUCUCCAAAUGCACCUGAACGUCCACACUGGGGAGAAGCCCUUCAGUUGUGCACAGUGCGGGCGCAGGUUCUCCCACUCCAGCAAUCUGAAAAGACAUCAGAAGCUUCAUCAUUGAGACAAAGGCUGUGACCGUCAUGGAGUUUUGGAUGGUGGUAAUUGAUCAGCCUAAUAACCUUGGUCACCAUUAUAACCGUUUGAAUUGCAAAAGACAAACAUUUUCUUCUUUCCUCCGCUCCUGACUUGUUUCAGCAAGGAGCAACAAAGUUUCAUCACUUCGGAGAGUCCAUGUUACAGCAGAAACCAUGGAGAUCCUAUUAAAUUACUAGAGGGGCUAUGUCAUAAACACUCAGUUCUAGAAUGGGGUGAAAAUGUCAGCCAUUUUAGUCAGGGAAAAAUCCAAACCAGUCUAAUUGGAAUGAAUGGCAGUAGAGGCAGAGGUGAUUCAUAGAUGCAGUAAAGAGGUCAAUGGAAUGCAGACCGCGGGGAAUAGAAGAAGGAUGCCAGAUUGGCGCAAGUUCAACAAAUCUUAACUAACAAAGUGGAUAUUCACAAAUCCGUCAUGAUUGUGCCUCUUGAGUGGAGCAGCGGUCUAAGGCACUGCUUUGCAGUGCUAGCUUAGUCACUUCAGAUUCUGGUUCGAUCCCAGACCCAUCAGGCAGCGGACAAUUGGCCCAGGGUCUUCCGGGUUUGGGGACAGCCGGGUUGUCCUUUUCCCAUCGCACUCUAGCGACUCCUGUGGCGGGCCAUGCGCAAUGCACCUCCCCAUUAGUUUGUCUGGCUUCCAGGUUAAGCGAGCAGCGUGUCAAGAAGCAGUGUGGUUUGGCGUUGUUGUGUUUCGGAGCACGCACGGCUCUCGACCUUCGCCUCUCCCGAGUCCAUACAGGAGUUGCAGCGAUGGGACAAGACUGUAACUACCAACUGGGGAGAAAAAGGGGUAAAAAAAUUAAAUACAAAUUCGUCAUGAUUGUUGUAUUGUAAAGAGGUCCACAAUGUGGUUACUAAAGUCCCAUUUGGAUAUAUUUGGCUGUUUUCGCUGCAUAACAUUUAGAAGUGUAGUCCCUUUUCAGAUUUAGAAGAAGUGACUGCUAAAUGCUAACUCCCGUUCAAAUAAACUGUUAGCAUCGCUAGCACAGAGCAAUCGUUGAUAGUAGUUUUUAACUGUAAUGCAGUUGAAUGAUGAAGAUAACAUGAACAUAUAUUGGGGUUGACAUCCAUACAACCAUUAUACUCUGAUUUUUACCUCAACAUAGUGUGAAAUACACACAUAAACAAUAGCCUAAAUGUAGGCUAAUUUAGCUGGGUGGCAACAAGGAGAUUCAUUCCUUCAUCUUUCACCCACACGUUUCAAUGGCAUUCAUAUUGUUUUGGUCGAAUUCCAUUGACCUCUACUGCAUGUACUGUAUUUCUCUGUUUUACUUAUGCAGAACAAUUAAAGUAAGGUGUGUGAUAUCAGAGAUUGUGUAAUAUAAUGAGUGUUAACCUAAAAUAUUGUCAUGAAAUUAUAAAUACAGUUUAUACAGGUUUUAUACACAUUUUCUGCAUAGUCUCUAAGAUAUAUAUAAACAGACCAUAAAUGUCUCACGGUUUGUUUUCUUUGAAAACUGUGAAUGUUGUAAUAUGAUACAAUAUCAGUACUUAAUGCAUUUACAACUUGUAUAAGACCUAUCAUCAGCUGUUUUCAGCCAGUGUAUGGCUGUGGAUUGACUGCACUGUUUGUAUGGAAUGUUGGCAUAUUGGCAGUUCAUUUGAACAAUUAUUGGAAAUCAUUCCACCUAAACUGGCUGGCUAGCUAAUAAAUAUACUGUGCAGAUAAUCUUCAAUGUAUUGUUUUACACAAUAUCUUAUCGCAGCACACUGGCUGACCGUGGUUGACCAACUCGCUGAACAAAAUGGCUGACUUUAAUACUGUUAUAAGACCUUUCAUGUCCAUUCUUGUGUUCUAAUUCUAUGGCAGAAACGGACUCGGCCACACGAAUGCCUGACCGUCCCAUUUUCUGUCAGCUGUUCGAUCCGCAAAAAAAGCGUUAAUUGACAUGUUUUUGCGGUUAUGACGGUUCAUUUACUUUUCAUGAUGGACUUCAUCCAUAGCCAUCAGUUACAGGGUUCUACGGUAAUUGUGCCAACCCAAGACACAGAAGCAAGAGAUUCCUAUGGAAAACAAUCUAUGGAUAACCUUCAUCAGUCAGGAGAGACAGAGGAAGGGCAACCAGACCUGCUGAUCAUCAAGGUGGAGGGAGAAGCAGAUGACCAGGACUCUAGGAUCAGCCACCCAGCUAGAACAGUGGAGGGCAGCAGAGAACUAACCACCCAACCGGCUGCAGCCACCACAGAGGACUCCACCUUCCAGUCCAGUGGCCCCAGAGGCAACAACAACUUCAACAACACCGCUUUGGAGGUCAGUGGAUCUGAUGUCGUCCUCCUCCAAUCAGAGACAGGGAAUGUGAACCAGGGACCUCAGCAGCAUACAGGAUUUAAACCCAGAGCAGAGAGACAGAGUCUGGACACAAAGUGUGACAUGAACGGGGACCUCAAUCUCCUAAGAGAUUCUUUAAACCAGGUGUGGAGAGAGGCAGUAGCGACUAACGAUGGCACCUCUGCUGCUCACACUAAAGUAAUGGACCUAGGGAGUGGCUCAGUGGGCCUAGAAACACAGAAUAGCUCAGACAUAGAAAUGAGAAGUGUAGGGUUAGAAAACCACAGGUUUUCCCCCAAGUCAUUCCAUUCUUCAUCAGAACAUGUGAUAGUGAUUGACUCUGUAUCCAGUGGGCAGCAGGUAGAUAGAGAUUUUGAGUGGGGUCAGGUGGGUACAGCUACUAAACCACAUAUCAAUGGGACUGGAAAUAGGCAGGGAGUGGGAGUGUUUGAGGGGAAUGCACCAACGAUUCGCCCCUUUACCCCUGAUUCGAUGAGAGACACUAUGCAAUUGGUUUCACCCAGCUUCCGGCACACAGAGAAAAAUACAGGCAUGCAUUUUGGCACAGGAAAUGCAAGUGAGGCCAACAAAUUUAGUUGGCACUCGUUGGCAAGCCUCCAUAGACACUCUGAAAUACCAGGAAGAGGAACUCAAGAACCAGCUCAUUCUUCACUUCCUGUUGGCCAUUUUAGACUAAGCGCAUCAACUUCCUCUCACUCCAGUAAUCUUGCCACAGAUGUUUCAACUGGCACCGUAGAACGACCGUAUGGUUGCCCAAGCUGCCAUAAGACGUUUGUCCACAAGAGCGACUUGCAGCAGCACAUGGUCCUCCACACCAGAAAGCGGGGAUACGCCUGCACCUUGUGUGAGAAGAGCUUUGUGUCCCCUAGCAAGCUCCAAGUACACCAGAACGUCCACACUGGGGAGAAGCCCUUCAGUUGUGCACAGUGCGGGCGCAGGUUCUCCCACUCUGGCAAUCUGAAAAGACAUCAGAAGCUUCAUCAUUGAGAACUGACAUGGAACAAGAGAUUCCUAUUGAAAAAAGCUGUUAUAGCAAUAUCAUGAGUUCAAACGUCAUUGGUUCUAACAUAGUCCUAUGUCUGCAGGAUGUUUGCCCUGAUCUCAUACGUCUACAAUACAACGUGGUUCAUAUUUACAUUAUCUACAAAGACUGUUACGUUUUCUUGGCUUCUUUAAGGCCAACAGCAUCACUCACAUUGACUGUUAAGAUCAUGGUUGUGUUCUUCUAACACUAAAGUUAUAGCAGAUACUGAAAUUCUACUGUGAGACUGAAAAAGUUGUUUUUCUGUAACAAUUUGACCAAUGACUGUUGCUCUUUAUUCAUUCCUAUAAUUCCAUCAAUAAAUAAUAUUUUUCAAAU